AUGUCCCGGUUUGACUGGGACAUCGGCUGUCAGUCAAAGCAGCAGCCUCCACCUCAUGAGCAACUGAACCAGGACACUCGACUCACGACCUCCUCCGGGGACCUCCAGUACGAUCUGAAACCAAACAUCCCAAAAACCGAAGGCCGUAAGCUGUUUUUUGACACGCAUGCGGUUGUGCGACUCUUUGAGGAAAAUGGGUUGAGCACUCAGCAGGCUGAGGUGUUGGUUAAAGUGCUGGUCGGGACGACAAACUCUAACAUGGACGUCAUUUAUAGUGACAUAGUGACCAAGGUGCAGCAGGAAAUCAUGCUGCAGCAAGUGAUGUCUAAAAUAGCUGCUGUAAAGAAGGACAUGAUUAUCCUUGAGAAGAGCGAGUUCUCCACUCUUCUGGCAGAGAACGAGAAACUCAAGAUCCAGUUGCUACAGCUGAAGGUCCAGCUGGGUGAUGUGAUUAACAAAUUGCGCUCGGAUAAUAUUUUGGACUUGAAUUUGGAGAAGAGCCGCGUAAAAGAACGGAAAACGGAGCACGACAAGAAGCUUCUGGAAACGAGAACUGAGAUUCUGGAAAUGACAGCAGAGCAGGACCGCCAUCUAACCCAGACAAACAUGAAGAUAGACACCGAAGUGGCCGGUUUGAAAACCAUGCUGGAGGCUCAUAAACUGGACACCAUCAAAUAUCUUGCAGGUUCAGUGUUCACCUGUCUCACCGUGGUCCUGGGAUUUUAUCGGAUUUGGAUGUGAACAGGAGAAAAUUGACAACUCCUGUAUGGACUGCAAGGAUGCUGACGGUGAAGCCGCUAAAGAACAACUAUUUCAUGUUGGAACUUAUUUUGUUGCAUUUCAUUCCCAUUUUGCCCAAGAAUGGGUCUGUCACUGUGUUCUAUUUAAGGGCAAUCCACUCAUCAAUGCAUCUCGAAAGGACUGAGUAAUUAUUAUUUCCCUUUUUUUGGUUUUACUUGAAUACAUUUGCUUUCCCUGGCCUGUGUUUAUCAUUUCUGCUACCUGUACAAACCAGCUGUGUGUUAUUUAAAAAAGUUAAUCUCUCUCAGGCGAGGCUGGUGGCUGCAGACUUUGUUUAGAUGGAGACACUUCAGAUCUCUUUUUAUUUAAUUUUCUAACCUUUAAUUAUACAUGUCUCUUUGAGAUCCAGGAUCUCAUUUACAAGAGAUACAAGAGGUAUAAACACAAUAUUUGAUACAAAUAAUAUUUGGUUCAAAUUGAAUAAGCUCACAAAAUAUAAGCAAAAAAGAGCAAGUUUUGUUGGAAUAUAUCUGUAGUUAUUGGCAUCCAAGGCUUUACGGAGCUCAUUUACAUCUUUUUUUUGGUGGCUGGGACUGUAUUGGUGCUGCUUCCUGAAACCACACUGAUGACAUGACAAGAUGUUGGCAGCACACAACUAGUCUUUAAGCCAAGGUGUAGAAUAACCUUGGCUAAAAUACAAAGUUUUAAAAUUGGGAUGAUAAGUGUUUAACACACGGGGAUCACCGCCUUUCAGUAGUAGUUAGAUGAUGUUGGCUUGAGGAGAGAGAUUAACAAAAUGAGAGACUGGUCCAGCUAUAACAUGCUGUUAAACCUAAGAAGUGAGGAGAACCAAUCAGCUUCAGUGUCAGAUCUCCUUGCAGCUGCUCAAAGCUGAUUUCUCCUGUGCAAGAGACUUGCUAAUUCAGUGCUGAAGCAGGUACUUACCAGACCCCUAACUCUCCGUUGAUUAAACUUAGCAAGUUUGUCAUUAAAAUGAUUAAAACUAUGGAAAAAAGGGUCCCAGGGAAAAACAUCAGACAAAAACGCUUCCAAUUAUAGUGAAAUAAAUCAUCAAGGAAGACACGUUCACGAACAUCCUUCAAGGUUUUUUUUUUUUUUUUUUGACAAGAACCGACUUAAGACGGGAUUUUAGUGUCUCUUACCACGCCAACCACGCAAUGAUCUGAUUAUUCGCAAAAGCUGCCAUGCUGAUGAAAAGAGGAAGAGAGGAUUUGUCUGGAUAUUUAGAAUUAGUGCAAGUAGCUGGUGGAUUGAGUUUUUGACAAAAAGAUACGAUUAUCAACAGGGCAGUCGGCUCUUCAGAACUUUAAGGUCAAAAGCAACUUUUGAAAGUCACGCAGUUUCAGGUCACUGUCUAAAUGUGCUGUGCAGCAGGGAAGAACUGGCUUGAUCACAGGGAAACAAUCCUGCGAUUUAAAGGGUUAUUUCCUCUGACCGGUCGCAGAGUGGACCUGGCCUACUGCUGUGGUUCAAUUCCUGGAGUUUCUCUGUCUAUUUUGUUGCCAUUUGAUCACAGUAGUGCAGGAAAACACAAAGCCUAAGCUCUGCUCUCAAGGCUCCAUUAAGAGCUCAAAUGACGGGAUCAGCAGCAGCAGCUUUAUUUCUGUAGCGCAUUUUAAAAACCACAGAUAACGGCAACAAAAAGCGGACAUAUCUCAUUUUUAACAUAACUAAAGCUGUUAUAAGAUUUUAAUAAAAUUUGCUUUGUUUUAUUUAAAUAGAUCCUUUCUUGUCUUUUUGAUGAUUAAAAAUGUAUUAAUAGGUGUCAAUUACAAUUAUCCUGCUGCUAAGGGAUAUUUUGAUUUUCUUUUUGCAAACGUUUGACAGCAAAGCCAGCUCAGGUCAAUAUCUUAUCAAAUUAUUUUAAAGGAACUAUAUUUUUGUAUUCUGUAUAUUUUGUUAUUCCCAAUCUUUUGCAUAUUUCAGUUUGGAUUUGUACUUUCAGAGUUGAUUCUCAGAUUAUAUUCACCUUAAUCAAAUUAAAGUUGCAAUGACACAAA